AUGCCAAACAACAAUGGAGAUGAGGAAUGCGUAGGAACGUAUCAUGGCAACUGGAAUGAUUUGUCGUGCUCCGAGACGUUAGAGUCUUUUUGCUACGAUGAGACUCAAACAGGAGCAGCUAGAUUUGUUUUAGUCACAGAUGUCUUGAGGACAUGGCACGAUGCUCAGAUUUACUGCAGACAGCAUUACACCGACCUGGCCAUCAUUCGGACUCAAACUGACAAUGACGCUCUGAAUGUUGGUACCCCGAAUGACUACUACGUAUGGAUUGGUGUGUUUAGGGAUUCGUGGAAGUGGUCAGAUGGAACAAAUGUCAGCGCUUACCCCAUUAACUGGGCGAGUACUGAUCCAGACCUAAACGGGAUGGACCCGAUUUGUGUUGCUGCAAAUGUUAGUGGGACGUUAGAUGAUCAGCUCUGCUCAGAUCUCUAUCCUUUCAUAUGCAUGUACAGUACGUUUUAUGUCUCAGCUACUUAUUAA